CUUGUUUUUAUUUGUUUACACGUUCUCGGAAUAGAAGAUGAUGAUGAAGUUCUGUGCGCUGUUGUUGAUCGUUCAAGCAUUCACAAUAUUCAUCAAGCCAAGCGAAGCAUCUGAAGACAAAACAAAAUUGAAAACCUGCAUUGAAGAAUACUGCAAGAAAACAUAUGCAAACUGCAAAGAAUUGUGUGAUACAAUUGGGUUCUGCAAUGACGAAUUAAAGAGUUGCAAGGGUGGCUGUGGAUCAAUCUUUGAUGACGACGAUGCCCUUAGAGAAGAAUGUGAAAAAGGCUGCUUAACCACAAUGCGAGAUAAUGAAUGCAGAUAUGAUCAAUCCAAAAUUUCAUUAAAAGACUGUGUAAAAGAAGCAAAUUGUUUUGGAGUGAAGCACAAAAAUAUAAACACUGAUAAAGAAUGCAGACGUGACUGUGUAAAAGUUAAGAAAAACUGCGUGAAAAAUAUUUUGAAGAACAAAUUUAUCCAAGGCGCUUAGCAGUUGCUUCGUGUUAUCUUCGCGUUGUGACUUCUGAUUUACUCAGUCGCUUGCAUGAUGUCCGACGAGAAUUGUACUCUUUUGUUCAAUUACACAACAAAUUAAUAUAAACGUUUCCAGUUUCACUUAAACUAUGUAGUUGUAGUUUCUAAUAUUUCAAAUGUUUGGUUUUUUUCAAAGUUAACUAAUAAAUAACAAUAUUUCCCAA